AGGGGAAUUUCCGUAAGAGGCCUGAUUGGAUGGGGUGGCACCCACAGGGGUGAAUCAGCAACGGGUGAAUCAGCCAGAGCAAAAAAGGGAAGCUAGAGCCACUUGCCCUUGGGGAUCUGGCCAGGACAGGAGAAGCAUCUGGCCUCUGCGGGUCAGCAGAGACAGGAUCAGACUCGGUGCCAGCUCCGGAUCAGACCACUCCCACUCCAGAGAUGGCCCAUGGCAGGAGCUUCCGGAGAGCGUACUCCCUCCGUACCCCCAAAUCCCCCAGCCUCCUGGAUUCCACCUACGGCCGGCUGGAGGACACCACCCUGCCCCACGUUUGGGGGGACAAGACAGAGAGCUCGGACAAGUCUAAGCAGAAGGGAAAGGGGAGAGCUGUGAGCCUGAGGGGGUGGAAGAGUGGGGUGGAAGAGCCCCCAGCUGAGAGGACCCUCACCCCAGGGGAGAUGCCGUACUCACUAAGCCCCGAUGAUGGGGAGCUGCUGAUCGGAGAGGCUCAGAGCAAGGGCUCUCACAGGAUGAAGCAGUGCAAGAAGCAGGUGGACCGAGCCCUCCGCAGAGGCUGGGAGACCUUCGUGGCUAACCUGUACAGCGUGACGCUGAGCCGCCCAGCUCCCCCCUCCGAGGCCACCCCGUCACCAGUGAGAACAUGUUGAGGAACCAGAAGAAGAGACAAUGACUCUGGGCAGCUGGGCCAGUCCCAGAGACAUGAACUUCCUAGAGCAGCAUCAGCCACUGAUCUGCAUAUUGGCUGCACUGGGCACGGGGUGCUUUUUUAUAACAACUAGAGAUGGGCCUGGGCCACCCAUCCAGAUCCAGAUCAGUCGAUCUGUGUCCCCCCCACUGAUCCAUCAUCCAUCCAUCCCCGUAUACACCUCUCUGUCUGCCCUCAUAUACACUUAGCUAUCCAUCCAUCCAUCCCCACAGACACCCCCGCCUAUCCCCAUAUACACCUCUCUGUCUGCCCUUAUAUACACUUAGCUAUCCAUCCAUCCACCCCCACAGACACCUCUCUGUCUUCCCUUAUAUACACUUAGCUAGCUAUCCAUCCAUCCCCACAGACACCCCUCUAUCUAUCCCCACAUACACCUAUCCAGUCAUCCAUCCCCACAGACACCCAGCUGUCUAUCCCCAUAUACACCUGUCUAGCCGUCCAUCCCCAUAGACAUGUCUGUCUAUCCCCAUAUACAACCUAUCUAUCCCCCUAUACACCUAUCCAUCCCCAUAGACACCCGUUUGCCUAUCCCCACACACGUCUGUCUAUCCAUCCAUCCCCAUACACCUCUAUCUAUCUGUACCCAUAUAUCUCUCUAUCUGCCUGCACAUGCAUCCUCCUCCCUACCUUCGUACGCACCUAUCUCUCUAGGUUUCUCUCCCAUGGGCCAGGCUGGCUAGGGUCCAAGUUCCCAGUCCCCUCGCUGGUAACCUGGGAACAGCAAUCUCAGCUCCAACUAUGUUUCUCCCACUAGGCCCCCAUCCAAACCCGCAACCGUCAGUGCCACUCCCCAGCCCUUUCUGGUGCUCACCUAGCCGGAGCUGUAAUGCCCGGGCAGUGUUUCCCUGCAUGUCAGCAACCAUGGGGGAGGGGGUGUACAGCCCACACUGUAAAUAGUCUCCGAAUCACAGGGUCUCCCCUUAUUAUCUCCACCCCACAUUAACCUGCCCUAACACAGCAAUCCAACCUGGCAGGCCCCGCCACAGGAGCAUGGCACUAAGGGACUCAGACUAUCUCCUGCAUGGAGGGGAAGGAAACAGUGAUUUUUCAAGAGGGUUGAUUUUUCACUGGGCAGAGCCACCAGGACUCCUUAGUGGGCCCCCUUCCCAGUGCCAGGCCCAGAGAGGCCCUGCCCAGUGCAGACAAGGCAAAGGGUGCUUGAUGGCAGGCAAAGUAGUGAUUCUGUCCGGCCACCCCAGGCCCAGGCCCACACACUUGGGGGUCAAGUGCUCUCGCUAGCAGGGGGGAUACAAGUUGCCCCCUGGCAGCUCUUCAGUAACGGGGACCGAACCAGUGCCCUCUGGAUCUAAAUGAAUGAGCCUCUCCUGCCUGAGCUAAAAGCCAGGGCUCUGCCAGGCUCCUCAACCUGUGUAUAUGGCCCAGCCACCACUAGAGGGGGACAAAGCACCACACUGAGUAUCCCAGGGGUCUGUGGCCCUGGUGGAAUGAAGGGUUGCCAUGUUUUCAGCAUUGUAUGAACGGUCCUUGUAACCUGAUGUGCUGCACGCCCUGCGCUAGUAAACCCUGAAACCCCA